AUGGCAACCUUCGUAGCUCCGCCGAGGCUCAGCAACACAAGGAAGGACGAAUAUGCGGCGGAACCUGAGAGAGCGGAAACAAACACAUUGGCCAAUCUCGAUGGCAGCAGCCGAAAUGACAACACUACAGACAUUCUGGACGUCGAUGCCGAAGCCAUGUCCCCGAUCAGCUCAGAGGAACGCAAGAUAAGAGGCGUGCGCUGGCUGCUUGUCUGCUUCGCCAUCUUCUCGGCCAAUGUCCUGUAUGGACUCGACACGACAAUCGUGGCCGACAUCCAAGGAACGGUGUCCGAGACCUUCGACAAUGUCACCCAGCUGGGUUGGUUGGGUGUCGGCUUCACGCUCGGCUCCACGGUGGCGAUCCUGCCAUUGGGAAAGGCUUAUGGCAAUUUCGACAACAAGUGGGUGUUUACUGCCUGCUUGGUAAAUUUCGCCGCAGCUAGUGCAUUAUGCGGUGCUGCACCAAAUAUGAAUUCUAUGGUUGUGGGAAGAGUCUGGGCUGGCGCUGGCGGUGCAGGCAUGUAUCUCGGAACUUUGAACCUCCCCUCAGCUCUAUGUACGCCGAAGGAACAUCCUUUCUACGUCGGAAUCACUGGAUUCGUCUAUGGCAGCGGCUGUAUCUUGGGUCCUGUCGUUGGAGGCGCGUUGGCUGAUAGUUCAGCAACUUGGAGAUGGGCGUUUUACCUCAACCUCGUCAUUUUUGCUGCCAUGUCUCCGAUUUACAUCUUCCUGGUUCCAUCGAUCCCACGUGGUGAGGCGCCCAUCCUCCAAAAAACCAAAGCGAUUGACUGGUUGGGGAUUGUUCUUAACACGGGCGUCUAUACGAGCAUGACGUUGGCCCUGAUAUUCGGCGGCGCCAUCUGGCCAUGGGGCGACGGCCGCGUCAUAGCGCUUUUGGUGAUCUUCGGAACCCUGACAGUGGCCUUCGUGAUUACACAGCGCUUCAACAUCUUAACGAAUCCUGAGCAGCGGCUGUUUCCAUGUGACUUCCUUCAUGAUAAGCAGCUGAUUUUGCUGUACAUUAUAAUGGCUUGCGGAGGCGGUGGGCUCUUUGUCUCUGUCUAUUACAUCCCUCUCUUUUACCUCUUUAUUUAUGGAGACUCCGGGACAGAGGCCGCAGUUCGCCUACUCCCAUUUAUUUGUCUCUAUGUCGUCACCAUUCUGGCCUGUGGCGCAACAAUGGGCCGAACAGGAUAUCAUAUCAUUUGGUUCGUCGUCAAAACGUCCCCCUCGAAUAUCUAUGGCUAUGCAGCGCUUCUUGGCCUGGGGAUGGCUACCAGUCAGGCAGGCUAUGCUGUCGGUGCCCAGCGUGUGGGCUCGAGCCGGGCCGCGGAGUUGAUUCAGUUCCUGAACAUCUCUCAGGGGUCCAGCCAGCUCAUUGGCCUUGCCAUUGCCAGCGCACUGUUCCAGAAUUACACUUUUAACGGGUUGAAGAGCAUUCUCGCUGGCCAAGAGUAUUCAGACUCUCAAAUUCAAGGGGCCAUCGCCGGGGCAAGGAGCGAUCUCCUGGCUAGUCUGUCUCCAGACCUGCGAGCGCGGUGUCUCGGUGUUAUUGUCGAAAGCAUUGGGAAAUGCUGGAUUCUUGUCAUUGCCGCAGGAUCAUGUUACACAUUGAGUUCCUGCUUGUUGACGAGAACUCAGUCUAACUGGAAUCAUCACAGUCUGAAAGUGUCAAGAUCAUAG